ACUGGGAACUUUAAAGCAACCAGGGACUGCUGAAAAUAGCACUUCUUUUUGCUUUCUUUGUAUUCAAAACUAUAUCCUUUCCUGACCGAUUCUGUUACUCCAGCCAUGCUUUUCCACGGGAUCUCCGGAGGCCACAUCCAAGGAAUCAUGGAGGAGAUGGAGAGGAGAUCCAAGACUGAGUCCCGCCUGGCCAAAGCGGGACAGAUGAACGGCCGGGAAACGAACAUGCCCCCCAUGAGCCCCGAGAAGCCUGCUUUGUGUGCUGGUUGUGGAGGGAAGAUCUCAGACAGAUAUUACCUGCUGGCUGUUGACAAACAAUGGCACCUCAGGUGUCUUAAGUGCUGUGAAUGUAAACUGGCUUUGGAGUCAGAACUCACCUGCUUUGCCAAGGACGGCAGCAUUUACUGCAAGGAGGAUUACUACAGAAGGUUCUCCGUGCAGAGAUGUGCCCGCUGCCACCUUGGGAUCUCAGCCUCUGAAAUGGUCAUGAGAGCCAGGGAGUCGGUUUAUCACCUGAGCUGUUUCACCUGCACCACCUGCAACAAGACUCUGACCACAGGCGAUCACUUUGGCAUGAAGGACAACCUGGUUUACUGCAGGGCCCACUUCGAGUCCCUUUUGCAAGGAGAAUAUCCCCCUCAGCUGAGCUACACUGAGCUGGCUGCCAAGAGUGGAGGGCUGGCCCUGCCUUACUUCAACGGCACUGGCACAGUCCAGAAGGGGAGGCCCAGGAAACGAAAGAGCCCUGCCUUGGGAGUGGACAUCGUCAACUACAGCUCAGGUUGUAAUGAGAAUGAGGCAGAUCACCUGGACAGAGACCAGCAGCCUUAUCCCCCAUCCCAGAAGACCAAGCGCAUGCGCACCUCCUUCAAACACCACCAGCUUCGUACCAUGAAGUCCUACUUUGCUAUCAACCACAAUCCAGAUGCCAAGGACCUCAAGCAGCUUGCCCAGAAAACAGGCCUGACCAAGAGAGUUCUGCAGGUUUGGUUUCAAAACGCAAGAGCCAAAUUCAGAAGGAACCUUUUGCGGCAGGAGAAUGGGGGUGUCGAUAAAGCUGAUGGCACGUCACUUCCAGCACCGCCCUCAGCAGACAGCGGCGCUCUCACUCCACCCGGCACUGCGACCACUUUAACAGACCUGACCAAUCCCACUAUCACUGUAGUGACAUCAGUGACCUCUAACUUGGACAGCCACGAAUCCGGGAGCCCCUCACAAACUACCUUAACGAACCUUUUCUAACAUUUGAUUUUUUUUUUUUAUUCUUACUCUUCUUCUUUAUUAUUAUUAUUAUUAUUUUCAAGCCUUUUUUUUUUUUAAAAAAAACAAACCCAUAAAAAAUUUGGGAAAAUAAACAGCUUGAUGUGUAGCAUCUGCAGCCACUUGGCAAAUGAGUUUGAAGUAAUAUGUCGCUAUAAUAAAUGAACAUUUAUUGUUGAUAAAUUGUAUUCAGAUUUUUUUAAUUCAUCAAAUAACUGAAGAGAAGGUUAUCAAUCAUUCUAAUAAGUGCCUCUUAAAAUUGUAUGUUACUUAUUUCCAGAAUCUUGAAAAAAAAAAAAAAGAAUUCUACCACAGAAAGAUAGAAAUCUCCUUUCUCACUCUGACAACUAGAUAAAAUUCACUUUAAUUAAAGCCAAAAGAAUGCUGCUUCAGGAUUGUACGCUCACUUAACGGCAUUUAAGAACCCUAACAUUCAUUUUAUUUUUAUAAUGCAUCUUACAGUUUUUUUUUUUUAAAGAAAUACAAAAUGAAUUGCAUUAAUAAUUGAAAUAGUCAGACUGCAAGUGCCAGUGCUUUUUUAAUAAUGUAUUAGUCCCAAGCCUGACCCUCCUUGCACCCUGGGAUUUGUCACUGGGCUAGAUAAACGCUCCUCUGCCAGUUGCUCACCCAGCUGGAAUGUCCUCGGACACCACUGAAAACUGUGCCUGGAUGGAGGGCUUGGAGAGGGAUCUCGUGGGAGUGGCGCAUGGAUAAGGACUACAGGAUCAGGCUGUUGGUCUGUGAAUUCACCUUUUGUACAUUAAGGAGGCAAGAUCUGGAAAAUACCCUCCCGAAUAAGCUUAAUCCUGCAAGGAUAUUAUGAAAGUAAUAACAGAAAACCUACUCAAGUGGGGAGUCCCAUUGAUUUAAAAUCUUGCAUAGAGAGGAUUUUUCGUUUUUGUCUGCCAAACAACACUGAUUUGGAAUGAAAAAAAGAAACCAAGUGAGUUCACUAAAUGGCCCUGAUGCUGUACCAUUGAAGCAAAAAGGAGGUUGGCCACCUACAUUAGUAAGCGCAAAAGUGGUUUCUAAGAACAUAUACGCAUGUGAAUUGUUAAAAUCAGUUUUUGAUGAAUCACACUUUUUUCAGGGAAGAUGGAAAUAAGCAAAAUAUAAUUUAUUAAGAUGUUUAAGGAAAAUGAUUUUAGUACAAUUUAUUCAUUACUAUUUUCAUUUUACUUUAGAUGUUUACUGAGAUUGUAUCAGAUGCUUCAUUUAAUACAUGAAUUAAAAAUUUUAGUUCAUUAAUCUUUUUAAUACUUUAACUUUUUAAACCUUGUAUAAAAGAAAAAAGCGUGAGUGAAAAAUUCUUGCAAAAUUGGGAAUUGGCAGUGAUUAAUUUUAAAGCAGAUAAACUCAGAAGCCUAGUGGAUGCUGAUCUGAAUACAUUUCUUAGUUUACAAUAAUGACCUUUUUUAAUUUUAUUUAAGCUAAAAGUCUGAAUGGUCUGGGCAGUGGUGAAUGUUCAUUUGUAUCCUUUUAUUGUAGUUAAACACCAAUUAGAUUGUGGAGAGUCUCAGAAACAAAAACAAACAAAAAUCAGUCAAGAUCUAUGUCUUGCUUUUAGUGGAUUGUUAAGAAUAACUUUGCACAUAUCCCCCACUUUUUAGACACCAUCAAAUCUCUGCUUUGGUGGUCAAAGUGGCUAUUUAAUAUAUUUUAAAGGUGUCCUUUCUGGCUGUAUAAAUGUGUGGUUACAUAUUGACAGUUCACUGCCCACAUUAAAGUGCAUUAUUGUAAUUUUUGCUCAGGGUUUUUAGAAAAUUAGCACAGAAAAGUAGCUUAUUUUUAAAAAAAAGAUGAUGGGAGAGAUGUUAACACUGUAAUAGAAGAAAGGUGUGUUUGCCAUUAUAUAUUUAGCAAGUAUGGUUAUCAUCUUCUAUGGAUAUUAAAUCUUGACUUUUCCUAUUUCUAUUACCUUAUGGGCAUUUACCACUAACCAGACCAAACAACCUUGGUAAGGCUGAGAUCUUUAUUAAUACACUUUUACAGGUAAAAUAUUGAUACUUAUAAAUUUUGUUCUUUGACAGAACAAUAUAUGGUACUAGAGAUCUACUUUAUUAAGUAGACUAAUUAAAACUCAGUUCUACUAUGUGCCUUAUGAUAUACCUUGGGAGUAAGUUUGUGAAAAAUCAGGAUAUAUGUGUUGUUUGUUAAAUUAACUGUUUUAAGCCCUUUUGACACCUCACUAGUUUUGUACUGUUUUACCUCUUAUUUCUGAAACUCUUUUUAUGGUGUAUCCUGUUAGAGGGGACAAACAUGUCAUAGAAAGCAGUUGUGCACUCUUUCAGAUAUAGUUGAUAAAUCCAAUAAUCUUAUAUAUUGAGCUUCGUGUUUAUAGUACAGUAAGUGGUCUAGCAAAAUUGUCCAUGUUUCUUUGUUUAUUGAUAAAUGCAUUGUAUAGAAACUAUUUCCCCUAAAUAUUUAUGGACCAAACAAUUGUGAUAUAUCCUAUUAAAUUUGUGUGAAUAAACCAUUUUGAAUCUAAGGAGUUUUAUUUCCCAUCAGUUUUUAUUACUAUUCUUUUUAAUUUAAAGUUUUCAUGUACCAGUGUGUCUCUUUGCUUUUACGGAAUCUGUGAACAAUUGAUAUUAAACACGGAAACACGGCCUUAUAAAUAUUUUAAAAUAUGGUUUCUUCUUAGGUUUUCGAUUUCCUCAUAUUAAAUGUAUAUGUUAUUGCUGGUGCAAUUUAGAUUUUAGUCUUUUUAACCCCUUUUUUGAACAUGCAAAGUAAUGCCCCACUGAUUUGAUAUUGAAACCCUGUCUUAGACUUCUAAAAACCCCAGAAAACUAUCAGAUAAAGUAAAUGCAUGACAAAUAUAACCUAAAUAAUAUGAUGAAAUGAAUCAAGAUUUAAUGCUAGGUAUAUUGCACACAAAAUAGAAUUGCAGACCCCUAGAAGCCAGGUUGCUCUGUAGUUUAAUAAAUUGUCACUAUGAUUUCUUUCAGGGAGAACAAAUCAUGGGGCAUUACAGCCAAACAUCCCGACGUUUGAAAAUUCCCUAAAGUAUUAAAAGAAGGGGAAAGUUUGAUCGGAAAUCCACUGCAGUGAAGACAAAGACAAUAUUAGGUUAUGAUAAUCAUACAUUUAAAAAUCUAUUGAGCCAAAAAAUAAAAAUAAAAGACUUGAUGUCAUUUCCUGAAUGUUAACAAAACAUAUGUUAUUUUACGGUGUCUAAUUAACAGCACUGAAGGCUUCAACAAAUUGUGUGAUAUUAAAAACAAAUUUAGAGAAACUAUGUAUAAAACCAGAGCAACCUGGCAGCAAUCUACCCAGCCCAUAUUUGAAGAAAACUUCUUUAAAAAAAAAAAAUCACAUUUGUCAAGCACAAGUACUUGUAAAAUAAAAUCUGAGUGCAUCCAUUCCACUUGCUUGCUAAUGUGUAUUAGUUAUAUCUGUUAAAUGGAUUUUUGUAAAUUCAAAGAGAACUUUUCACUCAUUCAAGAUCAUAGGAAUCACAACCCAGUAAUUUUAGUACUAUUGUUUCUGACUUCUUUUUUCAAAAAUGAGACAAAUCUGCAUGCACUUUUCCAUCUGUCACAUAUAGUGUACAUUUCUGUAUGAUGAAUUUCUCUUCGAUGUUUCUUGUAUAAUAGCUUUCAUUAAUAAACAUUUUAUUUGAUGCAAA